ACACCCCCUCGUCUUUGUUGUCGCCUUUUAGUGACGUCACAUCCCUGAACGUUUCGAAUACAACAGCGGCCUGUGUUUUCACUCGAUCGCUGUAAUUUUUGUCUUCGGUGGAGGAUUUUUCUCUACUGUUUUCCAUCAUCAUGAAACUAGUCAGGUUUUUGAUGAAGCUCAGCCAUGAAACUGUAACCAUUGAGCUGAAAAAUGGCACCCAGGUUCACGGCACCAUCACAGGUGUUGAUGUGAGCAUGAACACUCACCUGAAGGCGGUAAAAAUGACCCUAAAAAACAGGGAGCCCACUCAGCUGGAGUCGCUGAGUAUCCGCGGCAACAAUAUUCGCUACUUCAUCCUCCCAGACAGCCUCCCUCUGGACACCUUGCUGGUUGACAUCGAGCCAAAGAUCAAGUCCAAGAAGAGAGAAGCAGGUGAGAAAGUGGCUGGACGGGGACGAGGCAGGGGACGGGGACGUGGGAGAGGAAGGGGACGGGGACGAGGUGGACCAAGGAGAUGAUCGCAAGGCUGUUCUGUUGAUUCCUAACACUUCACUGUUUGUACAGGAUUUUUUUUUCCUUUGCUUCAUUAAAGCAGAAACGUUUUGUGAAUUUCUGUGUGCUUUUUAGUUGGACUUUUUUUUUUGUACAUUAAACUUCUGGUUAAGAGGACAAACUACUCUGACUUCUUUGUGUUGGUUUUUAAUACUGAAUAAAGUGUCAGCACAUAAACUAGCAUCAUUAA